AGUAGACAAAAAUGCGCAAAAAAGGUUUGUCCAUUUCUGCGCUUUUAAAGGAAAAGGAAUACUUGAUGCACCUUCCAAUUCUUCUGUUUUUCACGUUGGCAGGAAGCCUCGGUGCCGAUUUCCCAUAUUGCCCGAGCCCAGUACAGAAGUACGCAUUUGAAUGUUUCACCGACUACAACACUCAGAUGUUAAACAUGAAGAAAAGCAGCGCCACCCUAUUGUCAGGGGUGGACGUAGAAAUAUUGCGGGCUUUCUGCAGUUCCUACAAUACGGCCGUAGCCUGCAUCGGGAAUAUUAAGGAAGUAUGCCCCAAGUCUCUCCACCGGAAGAUAGAGGCUACACAGAUGAACCUGGAGGGCGCCCAUUCUGAGCUCUCAGAGCUCUGCUCCGACGACAGUAUUUAUGAACGUUACGCCCGCUAUAUGGCUUGUUUCCGGGAAUUCGGGCCAUACUCGGAGAGCUGCUUUAAAAGGGAGAUGAAAUCCCAACUUCGACUGAUGCAGUGGAUAAGCGAGGAUGAUAUAUAUCAGUUAUGUAGCGAUCUAGCCCAAACCUUGGAUUGCAUCACCUCCACAAUAACCAUCGAGUGUGGACCGGAAGCUGCGCAACUUGUACCCGUUCUUGUAAAACCCAUGGUUAAGAAAAGCUCAAAGUGUGACGUCAUAUCUACAACGAUAUCGGAGGUGUCCCCUACUACGGCAAAGCGGCGUAGGCCGUACAGACAGAAAACUAGCACGCCAAUAUCCAGCUUAGUAACUUCACAAGAAAAGGAUAAAUCAUUGCACAGUCACGUUAUAUAUGCGAACACUGAAGACAAAAAUAAAGCCUCAUCUCUUAGUUGUCGUGUAAUAGUUAUGUGUUUGACGUUUGUUUUCCUACAAUACUUAAAAAUUUAGCCUCUUCUUUCCGGAAAUUUACUAAGUGUAGAAAGGUUAACAACUUACCCUUAUCACUAAAACAUACAAUCACCUGUAGGAAGGUGCUCACUUGACAUUAUUUAUAUUCAUUCUUCAUUUUGUUUUAAUUUUUGUUUAACAUCCGAAAAUUUUCCAUAAUCACACUUUUUGUUAACCGUUACCUUUGAGUCGAAUAUAAACAAUAUAUGUAUAUUUUGUAUAUUCUGCAAAUUCACUCUGUGAUAGACAAAAACAUUCCAGCUUCCGUAGGUACAGAACUAUUUGAUUGGUAAUUAAGAAUCAAAUGAAGGGGGAUCUGUGUCGGCGGAGGCGAAGAACAGCUUGUAAAUUGUCCCUCACUCUCGGAAGGGAAAUAGAAAAUAAUGUAAUCAGAAUGAGAAGCUAUGAUUAAAAGAUAAUGAUGUACAUUGGAAAUAGAUGUCCUUCUAAAUGAAAUAUGUAUUGUUGUUUAUUGUUUAUAUUUAAAUCAAAUAAUUAUCCAUGUACCUAUUGAUCAGUAAAACAUGUCUGACCUGGACAUUGUUUAUUCUGAUGAGAUAUGUAAUUUUGUUUUCCCUUCGUAACGUUAAAUUUUUU